AUGCAAGAUGGUACGCAAGAGGCAGGUGCGUAUUUUCAAAGUGAUGAUAUUUGUGUCAGUGUCGAUGGAACGUGGCUCACUCAGGGUUUGAGCAGUUUGCAUGGUAUAGGUACAUUGUGCAGCACUACGGAUCCGCCAAAAGUCUUGGAUCACCAGCUGUUGAGUCAAUAUUGUUCGGAAUAUGCCGGAUUAGUAGGCGUAAAGAUAUCGGAUGGAGAAUUGUAUGACAAGCUAUUGACCGAGCACUGCACAGACGGUGGUGCUGAGUUAAUUGCGGAGGCACUAAAAAUAAACAGAUCGCUCACAUGGCUGCAUAUGGAAAGCCCGGAUAUAACAGACAAAGGUGCAUUUGCACUGGCACGGGCAAUUACAGUACGUCGAAGAAGAUUUGGCUAUUUUCAUCUUAAUACUAAUUGUGCAAUAUCAGAUAAAGGAAAAGAUGCAAUCGCAACUGCAUUAUGUUUAAAAGCAAUACAGAACUUAUAA